UUUUGAUAUGUCAUCAGGGGGCCGGGCCCUAUAUUUCCUUGCGUAGAUAAAACUCAAUUAAACUAAUGCCAGUUAAAUUCUGGAACUGGCAUACGAAACUCUCCAUAUAAAUGAAGUGAUUUAAGGAAUUGAAUUGAAUGUUUGUGAUUGUUUUAUAGUUUUUUUAUUUAUUAACAUAACCUGCUCAAUUUUAAACAAACAAAUAUGUGGAAGGCAGCCGCUGGACAGAAAGUUAACAUUAAAGAUCAGGAUGUGGAAGAUGAUGAAUGGGAAACUGAUCCCGACUUUGUGAAUGAUGUUAAUGAAGAGCAGCAAAGAUGGGGCUCAUCAACUGUGCAAGGAUCCGGAAGGACUGCUGGUGCAAUAGAUAUGGCCCAAUUAAGGAAAGAAACUGAAGCUGCAGAUGCACAAAAAAAGAAAAAACAACAUGAUGAAACCAAUCCGGGUUUUGGAUAUGGAGGAAAGUUUGGUGUUGAGACUGAUCGAAUGGACAAAUCGGCGAUGGGGCAUGAAUAUAUUGCAAAAGUUGAAAAACAUGCCUCACAAAUGGAUUAUAGCACAGGUUUUGGUGGAAAAUAUGGGAUACAAACAGACAGAGUAGACAAGAGUGCUGUCAAUUGGGACCAUAAAGAAAAAGUUGAAAAACAUGCGUCCCAAAAAGACUAUGCUGCUGGGUUUGGUGGGAAAUUUGGAGUGCAAAGUGAUAGGCAAGAUAAGUCCGCAGUUGGAUGGGAUCAUUUGGAAAAAGUGGAGAAACAUGAGUCCCAAAAAGAUUAUGCCAAAGGUUUUGGAGGCAAAUUUGGAGUUCAAUCCGACAGACAGGACAAAUCGGCCGUCGGUUGGGAUCACCACGAAGCCCCGCAAAAACACGAAAGUCAAACCGAUCACAAAAUCGGUUUUGGCGGCAAAUUCGGUCUCCAAACCGACAGGGUGGAUAAAUCUGCCGCCAACUUCGAUGAGCCCUCGAAAGUGGGCACGAAUUACACUCGAACAAAACCGGACAUCGGAGGAGCAAAACCCUCUGAUUUGAGAGCGAAAUUCGAAAACUUGAGCUCUCAAAUGAACAAAACGCCAAGCUCAAUCCCCGCACCUAAGAAAACUAUUACUACUAAAGCGGCCGCUUUUACAAAUAACACUACUAAUAUUGAUAAUACAACGAAAGUAACCGCCGAGGUGGCUGCUCCCAAAAGAUUCGAUCAAUCGAAAAUGGCUUUUCUCACCAAGGAAGCAGAGCCCAUCAAAAAAGCGCCCAUUGUUAUUGAAAGAGAAGCUGUUGUGGUAGAAACGAAAGCUGUUGUUGAAAAGGAGGCUGUUACUGAAAAAAAAGCACCUAGCAAUAAUGUUGAAAGUAACACUGCCGCGGAACUUGAGGAAGCUCAAAGAAUUAUACAACAAACUCAGGAAGAGCUUGAGUUGAUUAAUAAGUUAAGGGAUGGAAACUUUGAAGAAGAGGUGCCAGAAAUUAACAAUGAAGCUCAAAAUUCUGAAUCGAUUUAUGGAAAUGUCGAAAUUCUCCGACAGCAAGCUGAACAGGCAGUGGAACAAAAUGUUGAGGAAAUUUAUUCAGAUGAAAUUGUUGACACUGGUUUAACUGCUGUUGCAUUGUACGAUUAUCAAGCUGCUGCUGAUGAUGAGGUAUCAUUUGAUCCUGAUGACAUUAUUACACAUAUUGAACAGAUUGAUGAAGGUUGGUGGAGAGGCCUGUGCAAGGGUGUUUAUGGGCUUUUUCCUGCAAAUUACGUACAAUUACAAUAACUCUUGGAAUUGCAUUUUACUUAUUUUAUCCAUUUUUUUACUUUUUACAAACAAACUUUGUAAGUAUUAUUUUAUCAUGAAGUUUAUGACAGUAUAUGCUUCCAGUAAAUUUUAUAGUUAUUUAAAAUGUAUUAAUUAUUUUUUUUACUAUCAAUCUUUAUUGUAUAUAAGAAAAUAAAUGUUAAUAAACAUUAUUGAAACUU